CCCUGCCCUCCUCCCGGCUCGGCUGCCGGCCCUCGCGCCCUCCGGUCGUGAGUAACCCGAGUCCAGCGCGGAGAGUCCCCGCGGCGGCGGCUGCUGGCCAAACCAUGUUCCGGAGGAUCUUGCAGAGGACUCCUGGGAGAGUUGGCUCUCAAGGAUCUGAUUUAGAUUCAUCAGCAGCGCCUAUAAAUACAGUGGAUGUCAAUAAUGAAAGUUCUUCAGAGGGCUUCAUAUGUCCCCAGUGUAUGAAGUCUCUUGGCUCUGCUGAUGAACUUUUCAAACACUAUCAGGCAGUUCAUGAUGCUGGUAAUGACUCGGGUCAUGGUGGAGAGGCCAGUCUUGCUAUGACACGAGAUGAUAUAACACUACUCAGACAAGAGGUCCAAGACCUACAAGCCUCACUUAAGGAAGAAAAAUGGUACUCAGAAGAAUUAAAGAAAGAACUAGAAAAAUAUCAAAGGCUACAGCAGCAAGAGGCUAACCCUGAUGGCUUGGUGACUGAUUCAUCAGCAGAGCUACAGUCUUUAGAGCAACAAUUAGAAGAAGCCCAAACAGAAAAUUUUAACCUUAAGCAGAUGAAAGAUCUGUUUGAACAGAAAGCAGCCCAACUUGCUACUGAAAUCGCAGAUAUUAAGUCAAAAUAUGAUGAGGAAAAGAGUCUCCGAGAAGCUGCUGAACAAAAAGUGACUCACUUGACAGAAGAAUUAAACAAGCAGACAACUGUAAUUCAAGAUCUGAAAACUGAAUUGCUUCAGAGACCUGGCAUAGAAGAUGUCGCUGUGCUGAAGAAAGAGCUGGUCCAAGUUCAAACCCUGAUGGAUAAUAUGACUCUGGAGCGUGAGAGAGAGUCUGAAAAACUCAAAGAUGAGUGCAAAAAGUUACAAUCAGAAUAUGCUAAUGCAGAGGCUACAAUAAACCAACUAAGGAGUGAACUUGCCAAAGGACCCCAGGAAGUUGCAGUAUAUGUGCAAGAAAUACAAAAACUUAAAGAUUCAAUUAAUGAAUUAACACAAAAAAAACAGAACUUGACUGAAAAGUUACUGAAGAAAGAACUGGACUACACUCACUUAGAAGACAGGCAUAAUGAGCAGUCAGUGAGUAAAAGGAAUACAGAGGCAGCUCUGCAUCAAAGGGACCUGGAUUGCCAGCAGCUGCAGGCAAGGCUAGCCGCGGCAGAAAGCUCACUGCAGAGGGCCCAGGCAGAACUCACCGAGAAGGGAGAGGCUGCUCAGAAGCUCAAAGAAGAGCUGCGGGAAGUGGAGAGCAAGCACCAGCACCUCAGGGUGGAGCUGAAGCAGCUGCAGCAGCAGCGGGAAGAGAAGGAGCAGCAUGGGCUACAGCUGCAAGGGGAGGUGAGCCAGUUACACAGCAAGCUUCUGGAGGCGGAGCGCCAGCUCGGGGAGGCACAGGGCAGGCUGAAGGAGCAGAGGCAGCUGUGCAGUGAGAAGCUGAUGGACAGGGAGCAGCAGGUGGCUGACUUACAGCUCAGGCUCUCCCGCCUGGAGGAGCAGUUGAAGGAAAAGGUAACAAAUUCCACAGAAUUGCAACAUCAGUUAGAAAAAUCGAAGCAACAGCAUCAAGAACAGCAAGCUCUCCAGCAAAGCACUACAGCCAAACUCCGAGAAGCUCAGAAUGAUUUGGAACAAGUGUUACGACAGAUUGGAGAUAAGGACCAAAAGAUCCAGAACCUUGAAGCCUUACUACAGAAGAGUAAAGAAAAUAUUUCCUUACUAGAAAAGGAAAGAGAAGACCUUUAUGCCAAAAUUCAAGCUGGUGAAGGAGAGACUGCAGUUCUUAACCAGCUGCAGGAGAAAAACCAUGCACUGCAGCAGCAACUAACUCAACUAAUGGAGAAGUUGAAGAAUCAGUCAGAAAGCCAUAAACAAGCCGAGGAGAAUUUGCAUGACCAGGUACAGGAACAGAAGGCACAUCUUCGAGCUGCACAGGACCGCGUUCUUUCCCUAGAAACCAGUGUCAGUGAACUAAGCAGUCAGCUAAAUGAAAGCAAGGAGAAAGUAUCUCAGCUUGACAUACAGAUUAAAGCCAAAACUGAAUUGUUACUCUCAGCAGAAGCAGCAAAAACUGCUCAAAGAGCCGAUCUUCAGAACCAUCUGGACACAGCUCAGAAUGCAUUACAAGAUAAACAGCAGGAGUUAAAUAAGGUCAGUGUGCAGCUGGAUCAGGUGAGUGCGAAGCUGCAGGAGAAACAGGAGCUCUGCAGUCGGCUGGAGAGCCACCUGAAGGAGUACAAGGAGAGACAGCUCUCCUUAGAACAGAAGGCUGAAGACUUGGAAGGUCAAAUUAAGAAACUAGAAGCUGAUUCUCUUGAAGUUAAAGCAAGCAAGGAGCAAGCUUCACAGAGUCUACAGCAGCAGCGGCAGCUGAAUGCAGAGCUAGAGCUCAGAACUGCAGAGCUGAGUAAAAGGCUUGAGGAGGAGAAGGAAGUAGUAUCUCGUACAAAAUUGGAUCUACAGAAUAAAUGUGAAGCCUUUGAAAAUAUUACACAAACCCUUACUAAGAAAGAAGAAGAAAAAGUUGUCUUGCAGCAAGAAUUUGAAAAGUUAAGUCAAGAUGCAAAGACACAGCACCAGGAGCUGAGUGACAGAUUCCAAGCGGCAGUCACAGACCUGAAAGCAGCGACAGCCCAGAAAGAAGCCCUCAUGGCGGAGCUUUCCACAACAAAAGAAAAAUUGUCACAAGUUUCUGAUUCUUUAAAAAACUCCCAAAGUGCAUUUGAGGAAGAGACUCAGAAAGGGAAAGCUGCUGUAUUAGACUUGGAAAAAACGUGUAAAGAAUUAAAGCAUGAGCUUCGUGUGCAGACAGAAAGUGCACUCAAGGAGCAGACGGAGCUGAGGAAGUCACUUGAGAAAGAGAAAGAGACUUCUCAACAGUUGAAGGUAGACCUCAGUUCAGUCAAAGAGGAAGUCGCACAGGCUCAAAAUGCAUUAAAACAAAAGGAGAAAGAGGCACAGCAGCUUCAGGGGACCAUAAACCAGCUGAAGCAAUCAACUGAACAGAAGAAAAAACAAAUCCAAGUACUUCAAGGAGAAGUUAAAAAUGCUGUUUCAGAAAAGACAGAGCUGGAGAGUAGACUGCAGCAGCAGUCAGCUCAGGCCGCCCGGGACCUGGCGGGAGAGAAGGCGAAGCUGUCAGCCUUACAGAGCACCUAUGAGAAGGGCCAGGUAGACCUGCAGCAGCUCCAGUCUGACCUCUAUGGCAAAGAGUCUGAGCUUCUAGCCACACGACAAGACCUUAAGUCUGUAGAAGAGAAGCUCUCUUUGGCACAAGAAGACUUGAUUUCAAACAGAAAUCAAAUUGGGAACCAACAUAAAUCAAUUCAAGAACUGCAGGCUGCCAAAGCUACUUUGGAGCAGGACUUGGCAAAGAAAGAGCAGCUGCUAAAGGAGAGGAGUGAAGCCCUGCAGGACACUCAGAGAGAAAAGUCACUGAAGGAAAAAGAACUAGUAAAUGAAAAGUCUAAAUUGGCAGAGAUGGAAGAAAUUAAGUGUAGACAAGAAAAGGAACUCACUAAACUCAGUGAAGAGCUCAAGUCCCACAAGCAGGAAAGCAUAAAGGAAGUAACAAAUCUCAAGGAUGCCAAACAACUUUUGAUUCAACAGAAAUUAGAACUUCAAGGUAGCGUGGACUCACUGACGGCAGCUCUUGAGCGGGAGAAGGGAAGUCAGCAGCUGCUGCGAGAGCAGCUGAGAAAGGAGGCCGAGAAGCGGAAGGAGGAGUUCUGUGAGAAGGAAGCGAAGCUGCAUUCUGAAAUAAAAGAAAAGGAAGCAGAAAUGAAAAAACAUGAAGAAACUGAAGCUAAGCUUACCAUGCAGGUCACAACAUUAAAUGAAAACUUGGGUACUGUGAAAAAGGAGUGGCAGUCCAGUCAGCGGAGAGUUAGUGAGCUGGAGAAGCAGACGGAUGACUUACGCGGCGAAAUUGCUGUCUUAGAAGCAACGGUUCAGAAUAAUCAAGAUGAAAGAAGAGCACUGCUAGAAAGGUGUCUUAAAGGUGAAGGUGAGAUAGAAAAGCUUCAGACCAAAGUAUUAGAGUUGCAGAGAAAGCUGGACAACACGACCGCAGCCGUGCAGGAGCUGGGCCGCGAGAAUCAGUCUCUCCAGAUCAAACACACACAAGCCUUGAGCAGAAAGUGGGCAGAGGACAAUGAGGUGCAGAGCUGCAUGGCCUGCGGGAAGUGCUUCUCCGUCACCGUGAGGCGGCAUCACUGCCGACAGUGUGGAAAUAUCUUCUGUGCAGAGUGUUCAGCCAAAAACGCCUUAACUCCUUCUUCAAAGAAGCCUGUUCGGGUCUGCAAUACAUGUUUCAAUGAUUUGCAAGGAUAGCAGGUUGUCGCAGCUGCAGAGAAGUACACACUAACGUUAGACUAUUAAUAGAUUUGACUGGGACUCUGGUUGUAUACUAGGCCGAAUUGGAAUUCAUAUAUUUUGGAAUGUUACCAGUAUCAAGUAAAGCUCUUCUAUUUUUGUGAGACUUGGGUUCAUCUUUGAUUGCUUUUUUCCAUUUAACCCCUAAAACAGCUUUCAUGCCAAGGUCAGAUUAGCCAAUGAAAUGUAAAUAAUCUUUGGACAGAAAAUAGCAAUGUAUUUUUUUAAGUAUAAUUUAAUUAUUCACAAAUGGUGAAUACAAUUCCUUAGCUUCUUUCUCUCAAAUUAUAUGUAGAAAUGUAUGGAUGGUUGUUACCACUUGUCGCAGUUUCUGCUGCACAAUAACACAGUGAUUACAUUACACAUUCUCUUGGUGGAGUCAUGCACAGGAAGGUAACGCUUUUACAUUGUUAUGUUAUACACUUAGUACUUGAGUGUUCUAAAUGCAGUUUAUGCUAAAAUGAUGUGUUAACCAUGAAUUCAAGCAUGGUUUUGUUUGGGCAGCACUGAUUAAACUCUCAAGUAGAUUUGAUGAACUAACUCCUAUGUAAAAUUAAAUGGUUUACUUUAUGGUACUUCUGGGAUUAUAUUUAUAAAACUAGAUUUAAUUUGUAUUUCUCUAUCUUAUUUCAGACACUCACACACUGUCCCCUAAAAAAAUGACAUGAAACUUCCCACC